AUGAAGGCCACUAAUGACUACGAAGGUUUCCGCACAGCGGUGCGUGAAGCCCGCCAUAUCGUUGUCCUUGCUGGGGCGGGACUAUCUGUUGCCUCUGGUGUUCCAACAUUUAGAGGGGAAAAAGGAUUGUGGAGACGACACGACGCUACCCUCCUCGCAACUCCGGAGGCCUUCCAUAGAGACCCAUCUCUUGUCUGGCAGUUCUAUCAUUACCGUCGCGAACUAGUAAUUAAAGCAGAACCUAAUGCCGGACACCGUGUUCUUGCACUGCUUUCUUCAUCGCCGGAAAUACUCAAACGCGUCGCACCUUCCGCGACAUUCCGUCUCGUCACCCAAAACAUCGACAACCUUUCCACACGCGCCUUACCUCCCAAUGCUCCACUAUCCGCCCGCCCCAUGGAGAUGCACGGAAAUAUAUGCCGUACCCGAUGCACUCGGUGCAGUCACAUUGAAGUGAACACCAAGAGCCCCAUCUGCCCCGCUUUGGCUGGGACAGAACGUUCUUUCGAAACCACCGUAAACCACGCCAAGGACCCUGUCAUUGACGAGAAAGAUCUCCCACGAUGUGCACGGUGUGGGGGCCUAUUGAGACCGGACGUGGUUUGGUUCGGAGAGGGCGUGCGCGACUUGGAGGAAAUCGCCAGUAUGGUCGAUAAGGAGUGCGAUUUGUUUUUGGUCCUCCCGUCGGGUAUUUUUGGCGAUAUUGUUCGCGGUAAUGGCGGGAGAGUUGCGGUGUUCAAUAUCGAAAAGACGUAUACGGAUCGGAUUGCCGAGUUUUCUUUUCAGGGUCCUUGUGAGGAGACGUUGGUGAAGGCGUUCGGCUUGGAAGAUGUCGUUUGUCAGUAA